AUGAGGGCGGCCGAUGAUAGUGUGGGCAUCGCCGUCGCGGUGCAAGUGUUGCUCCUAUCGCUGGGUCUUCUCCCGGGACCCAUCAGUGCCGAUGGCUCCCAUGGCGCCGGAAGCCAACCGUUCCGCUGCGGCCAGCGUCCUGUUGGUGCGCCGGGCACCAUCACCAGUGGUACCGCCAGCUGGCCAGGUCAGUUUCCCUGGCAUGUGGCCCUUUGGCACCACGCAGUGCAACAGCUGGCCACCAUUGCCUACGCCUGUGGCGGGUUCAUCGUGGGCCCCCGAGCCGUCAUCACGGCCGCCCAUUGCGUAACGGGCCCGAGCGGGUAUCAGAUGGCUGCCAACGAGCUGACGGUCCGCGCGGGACUGUACGAGCUGCAGGCCAUGGCCCGCCACUCCCAGGAGCACCGGGUGCAAAGCGUCCACCGGCACGGUAACUACUCCAGUGGGUCCCCAAGGCACGAUCUGGCGAUGCUCACCCUCCGGACGGUGCUCGAGUUUGACGAGUUCGUGCAGCCCGUUUGCCUGUCACCGGAAGAGCCCGGACCCGGAAGUGAUCGGAUAUAUGGGCUUGUGACAGGUUGGGGCCUCACGGAGGGCGACGUCCUCGCGCGGACCCUCCAGUCCGCGGCUAUGCCCGUGGUAAGCCCUCUCCAGUGCCUGGCAAGCGAUCCCCGGCUCUUCAGCCAAGUGCUGUACGAAGGAAUGUUUUGUGGCGGCUGGGAAAACGGCACCAAUGUUUGCAAUGGCGACAGCGGAGGGGCCUUUGUGGUCAGCAUAAACGGGAGCUGGACCGCCCUGGGAGUCGUUUCGUUUACCGGACUCCGGGAGGACUCAUCGGUUUCGCAGGCAACCGCUCGGUGCAACACCAGAAGCCUCGCUGGGUUCGUCAACAUUGCGAGGUAUUUGGACUGGAUCGAGACCACCGCACGCUCGGAAGCCGUAGAACUCGCCGCAAAAGCCACCGCUGCGGCAGUUGAAAGGAUUAGCGAACGAAUGUGCCGCCGAUACCGCCAGGCAUGUGGCGAUGAGGAGCUCUCAUAUCUGGCGUACGUGGCGAGAUCCGCGGGUCCGGACCGGGUGAACCCUCGGCCGCGCUUUCGCCCGGUCGUGAUUGAUUGCUACGCCGUGCUGAUAAGUGACCGAUUUUUGCCCGCCCCGGCCAGCUGCUCCGGCGGAGUAAAUGGUUCACCGUCACCGGACAAUGGCGCAGGCCCUCCGAAGGAGCAAUUCAUUAUCGUCGAGGCCGCCGGACGGGCAGUGGACCAUCCUAUAAAGAUAUUCCAUCAACACCCGAACUUUGUCAACAACAAUCCGCCAGCUCACGGCGACAUCGGCCGGGGGGCACCCAAGGAGCAGAGCAAUCUCGCACUAAUCGAACUGGAACGGAAGGUAUCGCUGUCCACCUGUCAGUUUGCGUGCCUCUGGUGGCCGAGUGCCGACGGCGAUCUGAGCCAAAUCUUUCUCUACUCGGCCGUGAACGUGUCCGGCGACGGGGCGGCGGCGGAAGGCGACCCGGAGCAGAGGCCACGGGAAAGCCCAAUGGUCAGUGCCAGAACGGGCGUAAACGUAUGCUACGAUGAGCUGCUGGCACCCAUGGUCAUGGCCCGGGUCGACCGAGGGGUGACCGAGAGCGCAGGGGACCAUUAUCGAUUGGUGGGUAUUGUCCUGCACCGGACCUGUGCCAGGGUACGGUUUAUCCGAGUCGCGCCCUUUCUCGAUUGGAUCGAGUGGGUCGUGUGGGACCGGCGGCGGAUCGCCAGCGUUCAAUAGAGCCCCAACCCGACGUGAUACCUUCAUUUAGCAUAAUGCCUGAUGGGAGCUUAUGCUUCUUGUGGACGCUGAAGGAAAACCCUUCAAACGGACUCCUAUCAAUAAAUCACCAUGCAUUUCUGCAACAUUUACAAAGCAGCUUCACCUCAACACGGCAAUUGUCUGAU